UUUGCUUUUCCCACAGAAACUUCCAGAUCGGCGCUGUGAAAUUUUUCCGGAAAUGUCUGGAAAUAUCCAAGGGCCCGAACGGCGGAUCGUCCUGGUGGGGAAAACCGGCAACGGGAAAAGCGCGGUGAGCAAUACCAUCCUGGGGAGCCCGGUCUUCGAAUCCAAGAUGUCGUUCGGCUCCGUCACCCAGACUUGCCAACGGGCGGAGGCCAUGGUGAACGGCCGGAAAGUGGUGGUGGUGGACACACCGGGCUUCCUCGACACGGCUCGUCUCGAGCAGGAAACCUCGGCCGAAGUGAGCAAGUGCAUCGAGUUUUGCAUGCCGGGCCCCCACGUCAUCCUGCAGGUGAUGCGCCCGGGCCGCUUCACCAAGGAGGAGGAGGAGGUGGCGCGCUUGAUCAAGCAGGUCUUCAGCUUGAAGGCCAAGGAUUACACGAUCAUCCUCU